UCCACGCGUUCGGUUCAACGGCAUAUCCAACAGCAUCCACACACCAAUCAGCUGACGAGCAACCGCAAAACAAUUUACAAAUGCUCAAAAUACGUAACAUAAUACGGGAUUAAAAACAAAGUUUAAAUAUUAAAAGGAAGACCAUUGCCGUCGGCCAUAAGAACUUGAAUAAUCUGAAAAACUUGAUUAUCUAAAAAAGUGUGUUUUCUAAACGCCACAAGUGUGUUCCUCCUCCCUAAACUGAAAACUGAAAUCAAACUCCAUUUUGCGGCCUAUUAAGUCCCACAUCGACUGUGUAAAUUUAGCAGUGGAAUCUCUAUAAACUUUUCCUCACAUCCUUAACUGAUUGUUAAGAACUUUUUGGCCCCAACAACAACUUCUUGGAAAGUUUCUCACCUUUGUCUUCCACACGUGUGAGAGUUGUUCGUGCUGUGAAAACUAAGGGAAAAGUCAAACCCCAAACCCAAACUCAAAUAGAACUCAGCUAAAAGGCGAAAAAAGCCCACGCCGAAAGGAUUUUCUUCUGUGACACGCUUGAAGAAUUGCUGUCAAAAUUUUCACGGACGGUAAUAAGCUCGGUCCUGCAGCCGCGGGCAGAGGAAUGUUUUGCUACCAAUGUCCACCUGCCCUUCAUCCCUGCGGACCCCAUCCGCCGCGCCUGCCGACGCUCGACUAUCCCUUUGCCGCCACCCAUCCAUAUACCAGCUACUCGUAUCAUCCUGCCAUCCACGAUGAGACCUUCGUCCGGCGGAAGCAGCGACGGAACCGCACCACCUUCACACUGCAACAGCUGGAGGAGCUGGAAACGGCCUUUGCCCAAACUCACUAUCCGGAUGUAUUUACACGCGAGGAUCUGGCCAUGAAAAUCAACCUGACCGAGGCACGGGUUCAGGUCUGGUUCCAGAAUCGCAGGGCCAAGUGGCGCAAGGCAGAGCGGCUCAAGGAUGAGCAGCGCAAGCGGGAGAAUGGCGAAAGCACCAGCUCCUUGGACAAGCUCCAUGACUCACGGGAAUCCUCGCCAGACAUCACCGGCGAAAUAGACGACGAUAUGGAUGAGCUGCCGCCGCGUCAGCGUUCUCAUAGUCCGCUGCUGGCCAAUGGUGGCUCUUUGGAGCAGCAGCAGCAACACCAUCACUCCCUUGGACACACCCAUUCGCAUUCCCUCACCCACUCACGCAGUCCUGGCGGUGGCGGCGGCCUGCAUUUGGAUACCAGUGACAAUGAGCGCCCGCUGUCCUCCAAUCAACUGACCACCACCCCACAUUCCGCCAGCCAGUCGCUGGGCUCGAUUAGUGCCGGCUCUCCUUCGCCAUCGGGCCUGCGGGAUCGAGAGCGGGAUCAUACGCCACUGGCCAACAGCGGUGGAGGAGGAGGAGGAGCAGGUCAAGGUGGUUCCCCCAGCAGCCCCUCGAAUUCAAGGAACACUGACUCGCCUAUUGAGGUAGGCGGACCCAUGUCACUGACCACUGGGUCUAGAAUGCCGGUGACUACCACCUCCUCGAACAACUCGGCCUCGUCCACGCCGACGCCCACCACACCGCAUGCUCCGCAGUUGCCGCAAAUGCCACACUCCUCGGCAGCGGCGGCAGCGGCCUUUGGCAGUCACAUCUUUGGGAGCUUUGGCGGUGGCGGAGGUGGGGCCAGCGAUAGCAACUGCGGCUUUCGUCCCGUUCUCAGCGAGCAGAGCGCCGUGGCAGCUGCGGCUGCAGCAGCAGCAGCCCAGCGCAGCGCCAACCAUCCGCCGCUCUUCCUGCCGCCACACCUGGCCGCCCAAUUCAGCCAUCAGCCGCUAUUUCCAGGCCUCAAAGGUGUUUCGCCCUUUCAGAGCCUUUGCUCUUGCUGCUCCUUGAAGCCACCGCCGCCCCACAGCUCCUCCUCCUCCUCGUCGGUGGUGGCCCCGCUGAGCAUACCGGUGAGCAGCAGCUCGGCAGCCAGUUCGCCGGAAUCUCCCAAGUCCUCCGGCCAGAAUUCCGGCCAUGAUCCGCGCUCCAAUUCGGUGGCCGAACUGCGCCGGAAGGCGCAGGAGCAUUCCGCUGCACUGCUCCAAUCGCUGCAUGCAGCGGCUGCCGCGGGCUUGGCCUUUCCGGGACUCCAUCUGCCGCCGCUCUCCUUUGCCCAUCAUCAUCCGGCCCUGGGCCAGCAUGGGGUUAAUCACAACAACAACAACAAUACGCUAAGGAUGAAGCAUGAAGCUCAAGACAUGACAAUGAACGGUCUGGGGCCAGGUUCUGGAGGAGUUUCCAUGUCCAGCGGUAGCUCAUCGGCGGCCCUGUUGGACCUGGCCGAAUCGGCGGUGGCAUAUCAGCAGCAGCAGCAGCAGUUGCAGCUGCAGCAACAGCAGCAACAGCAACAUGCCACACUCUCGCCACCCACCACGCCCACCCAGCAGGCUUCGGGAGGCGUGGCGGGAGCGGAGGACUCGCCAGGAGCAGCAGCAGGUUCAGCCAGUGCCUUGAAUGGCAAUGCGGCGGGGGGAGUGACAACCAAAAGUGAAUCAUUUUAAUUCGUGCAAUUACAAUUAAAAGGGUGUCUUAGUUUGGUAUUUAAUUUCACAGAUUUUUUAUACAUAAAAAUAUAAAUUUAGAUUUAUGCUUGUUAAUUAAAUAAAUUAAUAAAGAAAACGAGGAAAACCUUCUUUUCAAUGAGUUUUCUUUGGGUAAAAUAAAUUUUUGUAGCUCUUUAUAAAGCUGUUUUUAUUUUAAAAACUAAAUUUGUAUGAGU